UAAUUUAAUAAAUAAUUUUUUUAAAUAUUAUUUAGAUAAUGGAUUUUUUGAAAUAGAACCGUACUGUUUUAUAACUAAGGUAGCCCUGUUCUGUUGGUUUUAGAAGUCCAACCCCAUCCAUCCUUCAUCAACCCCUCGAGCCGGUCUGUAUCCAAAAUCUCCCUGCCAUCACCACGUGGGCGCGGUGCGUAUCUAAGGGCGCCCCCUCCUUUCCCUCUCCGCAACCCAAAAGCCUCCAACCUCUCCUUUCCCUCUCCAAUGGCCGCCACCACAUCUAUCACCGCCUUCGCCGCCUCCCGCCACCUCUCCUCCGCCCAUCCUCGCUCCCCUCAACCCUCCUUCUCCCUCUCCCUCAAAACCCUACCAAAAGCCCGCCUUUCUCUCCGCCACCGCAUUACCUCCUCCUCCUCCUCCCUCCCCCACGGCCGCCUUCUCCCAAUCUCCGCCACCGCCUCUGGCGAGCUGUUUCCAUCAUCGCCGCACAGAGACGCCGACGACCUGUUCCCCUUGUUCGACGACAAGCCCCGGGAGGAGUGCGGCGUGGUGGGGAUCAUCGGCGAUCCGGAGGCUUCUCGUCUCUGCUGCCUUGCCCUCCACGCCCUCCAGCACCGCGGCCAGGAGGGCGCCGGCAUAGCCGCCUCCGACUCCACCACCCUUCGCGCCGUCACCGGCCUCGGCCUCGUCUCCGAGGUCUUCUCCCCGGCCAAGCUCGACUCCCUCCCUGGCUCCGCCGCCAUCGGCCACGUCCGCUACUCCACCGCCGGCGCCGCCUCCUCCCCGAUGAACGUCCAGCCCUUCCUCGCCGGCUACCGCUUCGGCCAGCUCGCCGUCGCCCACAACGGCAACCUCGUGAACUACGCAGCCCUCCGUUCCGACCUGGAGGUCAGCGGCUCCAUCUUCAACACCUCCUCCGACACUGAGGUCCUCCUCCACCUCAUCGCCACCUCCACCUCCCGCCCCCUCCUCUCCCGCAUCGUCGAGGCCUGCAGUGCCAUCGAGGGCGCCUACUCCCUCGUCUUCCUCACCGCCGGCAAGCUCUUCGCCGUCCGCGACCCCCAUGGCUUCCGCCCCCUCGUCAUGGGCCGCCUCCGCCGCCCAUCCCGCGCCAUCGUUUUCGCCUCCGAGACCUGCGCCCUCGAUCUUAUCGGCGCCGACUACGAACGGGAGGUCCAGCCCGGCGAGGUCCUUGUGGUUGACGGCCACGACCUCUCCGUAACCUCCCUCUGCCUCCUACCCCACAAGCCCCGCAAAGCUUGCAUCUUUGAGCACAUCUACUUCGCCCUACCCCACUCCGUCGUCUUCGGUCGCCCCGUCCACGACUCCCGCUAUUCCUUCGGUGCCGCCCUCGCCGCCGACUCCCCUGCCCCCGGCGCUGACGUCGUCAUCCCCGUCCCGGACUCCGGCUUCUUCGCUGCCCUCGGAUUCGCUGAGCGCUCCGGCAUCCCCUUCCAGCAGGGCCUCAUCCGCUCCCACUAUGUCGGCCGCACCUUCAUCCAGCCAACCCAGGAGAUCCGCGACCUCGGCGUCAAGCUCAAGCUCGCACCUAUUCGUGGAAUUCUCGAGGGUAAGAGCGUCGUCGUCGUCGACGACUCCAUCGUCCGCGGCACUACCUCGUCCAAGAUCGUCCGGCUCAUCAAGGACGCCGGCGCCCGCGAGGUCCACAUGAGGAUCGCCAGCCCGCCCAUUGUUGGCUCCUGCUAUUAUGGGGUCGACACCCCGAGGGCCGAGGAGCUCAUCUCCAACAGGAUGGAUGUGGAGGGGGUUAGGAAAGAGAUUGGCUGUGAUUCGCUCGCCUUCCUCUCGCUUGAGAGCCUCAGGAAGCUGCUCGGGGAUGAGGCACCCACUUUCUGCGAUGCGUGCUUCUCCGGGAACUAUCCUGUGCCACCGAGGGAGCACAAGGUCGUGAAGGUAAUGGAAGAGUGAGCUUGAUGCGUUCUCUAGACAGAUGAUGGUGCUUAUUUAUGCAAAUUCUUGUCUUGAUAUCGAAGAAAUAGGGAGAAGAAAUUUUGUUUUCUGCUUUAACUAUUCUGUAUUUUUACCUUUCCGUAACUUAGUUGUAGUGAUGAGAAGUGGUUUUCCGAGGGAGAGAGAUAUUUAUAAUCUUUUAUUAAGCUGAUACCCUUUUUCCACGACAUCUUCAGAUUCAUGUUUUAGAGUAGAAGAAUAAUUUGUCUGCCCAUGCUUUGUACUUUUCUUC